AAUUCAAUUCAUUGGGAAAGAAAACCAUUAUAAAAGAAAGGGAUUAGAAAAAGACCAAGAGUGUAGUACUUCACAAAAGAAAAGAAGAGAAAAUAGAAAAGAAAUUGUUGGUUGUUUUAGAGAUUAGCACUACUGUUAAUUAACAAUGCAAAGGGUAUGGGGAUUUUUGGUGAUUAUGUUGUGGGUAAUUAUAAUUGGUGAUGCAACAAAUGUAGGAGCCACAUUGAAAUGUGCAGAAGGGCGUAGGCAAUUAGGAGGAGGCGCGAUGUUUAUUAAACAGCAUCGUAGGCCGCCGUUUAAGCCCGGCCCUUGGAACCACGCUCAUGCUACCUUCUAUGAAGGUGGCUCAGGAACUUUUGGUGGUGCGUGUGGGUAUGAUGACGUAGAAAAGGAAGGGUAUGGUAUGCAGACGGCGGCGCUGAGCAUGGCGCUGUUCAACAACGGGCAGAGCUGCGGCGCUUGCUAUGAAAUAAAAUGCGUGGACGAUCCCCAAUGGUGCAAGCCUGGACAGCCUUCCCUAAUGGUAACGGGCACCAACCACUGCCCCCCCAAUUACAACCUCCCCAGAGACAAUGGUGGAUGGUGCAAUCCCCCACUCGAGCAUUUCGACAUUGCCAAGCCUGUUUUCCUCAACAUUGCUGAGUUCAAGGCUGGCAUUGUCCCUAUCACUUACCGCAGGAUUCCAUGCAAGAAAGAAGGAGGAAUUCGAUUUACAAUAACCGGAAAUCCAUAUUACAACGAAGUUUUAGUAUGGAACGUGGGAGGAGCCGGAGAUUUGACGAGUGUCCAAGUGAAGGGUCACCGUAAGCUGAAAUGGACACCCAUGUCUCGUACGUGGGGUCAAAAAUGGACCACCAACGCCAUGCUGGUUGGCGAGUCCCUCACCUUUAGGGUUCGAGCCAGUGAUGGCAGAUUCUCCACUUCGUGGCACGUUGCUCCCCCAACUUGGCAGUUUGGUCAGACCUUCGAAGGCAAAAACUUUAAGUAAAUCCAAAUUUACUUUCUUCCUUCGAGUUUAUCCAUUUCAUUCCAUAACCAUUUCACUUUUUGUUUUGAUUUAAAAUUUCUUUUCUUUUCUUUUUUUAAUUUUCUUUAUCAUCUUAUAAAUUUGUUUACAUUUUUUAAAAAAAAAUAUUUCAAAUAAUGAAACUGCAUAAAAUAUGUACAAAAGUAGUAAAAUAUUAGAAUCUAUGAAUGAUGUCUAUCAUUCGAGUAGAUUUUUAAAUUUUGCUAUAUUUGUAAAUAUUUUAGUUAAUUUUGUUAUAUUUGAAAACAAUAUUUUUUUAAUAAAUAUUUUAAUUUUUAACCAAAUUUGGAUUAAAAGAGAUGUUUUUUUUUUUUAAGAUUUUGAAUAAAAAUAAAUUUAAUGUGGAAAAUAAAAUAAAGAGAUUUAAUUAUAAGCAUUUAUAGACUAAAUUUAUUUUUGUAAAAAGAAAUUUGAGAAUUAAAAGGUUAUCAAACUUUACAGUAUAUUUUCUUUAGCUUUAAAGUUUGGUGUUAUUCCAUGUACCUUUUUGUGUUAAUAUCCUACUUUUGAAGAAGUUUUUUUUUUUUAUUAUUCAACCCUCCCCUUUUUUCUUAGAAUUACGUGGAGCGGUUAUAUGUUGUAAACUUUAGUUUUAUGAUUAUACAAUAAAAAUCUUAACAUUGUAUAUAAUAAUAAUUACCAAGAUCUUUGAACUAUAUAAUUUUAUAAAUUAAAUUUUGUUAAAGAACGACAUA